AAAUUGGAAGUAAAGAAACGACGUGUAUCAUUUUAUUCGAAGUGAUCUGUUGUGUUGUAAGAAGUCGUUGCAUACUCAGACAAAAGUUAAAUAAGAAAUAAAUAACUUUAACCAUGGGUUUGACGAUAUCAAGUGUCUUUACAAAGCUUUUCGGCAAGAAACAAAUGCGUAUCCUUAUGGUGGGCCUCGACGCCGCCGGGAAGACCACUAUACUUUACAAACUAAAAUUGGGUGAAAUAGUAACAACUAUACCGACUAUUGGAUUCAAUGUAGAAACAGUGGAGUACAAAAACAUUAGCUUUACGGUGUGGGACGUCGGCGGUCAGGAUAAGAUCAGGCCGCUGUGGCGUCAUUACUACCAGAACACUCAGGGUCUUAUUUUUGUAGUAGACUCUAGUGAUACCAAGAGAAUAGCUGAAGCCGAGAAUGAGCUCGCUAAUAUGUUAAAAGAAGAUGAGUUGAGAGAUGCAGUUAUCCUAGUGUUUGCUAACAAACAGGACAUGCCUAAUGCAAUGACUGCAGCCGAGUUGACCAAUGCACUAAACUUGAACAACCUGAGAAACCGCCGUUGGUACAUCCAAGCUACCUGCGCGACACAAGGACAGGGCCUAUAUGAGGGCCUUGACUGGCUGUCCAAUGAACUGGCGAAAAAGUGAGAUUCAACACUCCUUGCAGUCUCCGGGAGUCAGAGAGUACAUUCCCAAAAUGGCUGAAAACUUCCCAUAUUGUGAAUGUUGUUCAAUCUAUAUUGAAUUCAAAAGACUUUUAAAUUUGUAUGUUACUAAUUAUACAAGGUCG